AUGACUGUCGAUUUGAACCUCGAAGGAUACAACGUGGUGCGCCAGUUGUGGCUCAUGUUCUACGAUAAAGAUCAACACAACUUCAUCUGUCACAACAACUCUGGCGGCCCUUACUGUAAAGAGGGCAGAUACACCCUGUGGCCAGUGGCUGUCACAGUACAGGCUAUUGUCGAUGCCAUGAGAAUCUUCCCUAAAGAAAUCGGUCCAAUGAUGAGACCGGCUUUUGAGGCUUUUGAUGCCUACUACUCGCCAAAGCACCAUGCUUACUGUGCUUCUUUCAACUAUGAUGGAAACAACGAUGUAUACUAUGACGAUAAUGCACAAGUUGCAUCAUGUUUCUUGUCGGCUUAUGAAGUCACUCACGACAAGUACUAUCUUGACAAGGCAGUCGAGAACGUCCAUUUCUUGAUGACCGGUGCUGAAAAAGGCAUUUAUGGCGGUGUCAGAUGGCACAUGGGCAAACAGGGCUCAAACACAUGUACUACUGCUGAAGUAGGCAUUGCAUGUAUGAGACUUGCCAGAGUGGUGCAAAAUAAUCAAGUAUACAUUGAUUUUGCCAAAAUGUGUGCUGACUGGAUCUUUGAGAGGGUUCAAGCUGACGACAAGCUGAUUGCUGAUGGUUUAGAACCAGAUGGAGACCAUUUCCGACUCAACGAUGCCAAGUGGACAUAUAACCAGGGUACUCCUAUCACCUUAUGUUCUCUGUUGUACAAUGCCAUCAGAGAUGAGAAGUACUAUAAGUACGCCGAGGGCCUUGCUCUCGCUGCUACCGACCACAAUACGGCUAUUUUUGAUAGAGACACCCAGAACAUGGAUGCUCGAUACUACCGAGAUACCACGUAUUUCUACCAAUUACUGGCUGAGGGACUAGCAGAUUUCUUACUCUUUUUCUCCGACAAGGCACCACAAAACGUGCUAGACCAGAUCCGCGGUGAGCUUCUCCACACCAUCGAUUAUGUCUACAAGUACAUUCGAGACGACCAGGACGGACUUUACUUCCAACUGUUCUCCAUCUACGAAAUCGACCAGAAACGCGCCGACCUGUUUCGCGAGCUCACUGGCGAGACCGGAAAGCCCUACAAACCGCACGAGGGCGAGCGUGAAAAGACCGACGCUCCUGUCGACCAGCGAAAGCUCGUCAAAGGCCUCAUGGGCUGUGGAGCAGCAGCCCGUGUCCUCUUCCAAACGGCCCGUGUUCACCCCACUAUCGACCCUAAAUAG